CUCUGUGGAAUCCAGUGGAGCUCCUCCUUCGCUUCCUCCGCUGGUUCUCGUGCGCUCCACUAAGCGUUUUGUUGUUGGGUAUUUUUUUUGGCGUCAACAGUUCAUUUGCAGGAGAUUAAAAACCAGACUGAGUCGAGGCUAAUUUCCUGAGUUCCCUUCCACCCCCACGGCCCUGCACUAUAGUCCUCUCUUUGACCGGGCCUGUAUUUCAGUUUUCCUCUACUCAAGAGGGGCUCGAGUGAGUGAAAUGUCUUCCGUGGAGGCAGUGCCAGCAGCUGGACCCAGGUUACAUCGCUUCUCCGCCUGGUUCGACCCUGAGACUGCUGGGGUGGUGACUAUCCUCUUGGGGUUGUUCCAGGUGGUGCUGUCCGUCCCACUCGCUGGUUCUACCACAAGUCUGCCAAAACUCUUCAUACUGCCACUUGUCUUAGGAGUUCUCAUUGUGACGGGAGGAUCACUCACCAUGGCCAAUGAGAAGAACCCCAGCAGACAACUGCUCCGAGGUUGUGCAUGCAGUAAUGUGGUCAGCCUGCUGGGGGCUCUACUUGCCUUCUGCCUCUACUGUUACAUCCUCAGCAUUAUGAAAAAUGACGAUGUGUGCAUACCCAAUCCCACUGAACACUACUACUUAUCAUCAUUCAAUAUUUGUCCAGGGGAAAUCCUGUUGGCCUACAAAUGGAGCUUGAUCCUGCUGUUGCUCCUCUAUGACAUGGGGGCUGUGGUCCUGCACGGCCUCCUGUGUGUCUCUGCCCUGAAGGCACUCAAAACCGACUGAAACACACACACACACACACACACACACACACACACACACACACACACACACACACACACACACACACACGCACUGAAAACCAAAAGAGUCAGCUGGGAGUUUUCAUAAGACAGAUCAUAUGAGUUCUAUUCAAAACUAAAUGUGUCCUGCCAAAUGUAACAAAAGCUGCUGGCAGAAAAUGAAGACGUUGUAAGCAUAUUCAGCAUGAAAAUGUGACAAAACUGUAUUAAUUCAAUGUAAAAUAAAGGUGAUGGCAUGUUUUGGGCAUAAAUCAAAAGAAAAUAAAUGGAAAAAUGUCA